UAUUAUAAUGAGUCUUGCAACACUGAACGUGUCAGAAAAAACUUGCUCGAUUGCUUGCCGUCUUGUGAUUUUUCUCCUUGUUUUUAAUUUUCAUGAAAAAUAACGGAAAAAUGAAUAUUAACUGUAAAACAAUGUGUUAAUGACUCAUUAUCUAAACGUUAAAUAAAUGUGUUUACAUGAGUGGGUUAUGCUAUUCGACUAUAUGUUUAUCAUGUGUGGCAAAUGUAUCAAUACAAGGAUGAAACAUACUUUGGCUUUGUAAUAAACUAGAACAACGGUAACUUCCAAGAUGGAGCAUGCAGAUUUGGUGGCCGAGAUGGCCCAGGUUGAGCACUUGACAACACAAGAGCGCCUACACCUGGCCCGGAGACGGCGCAUGCAGCAGCUAAAAAUAUGGCAGCAACGGGAAAAAGAGUGGGCGCGGCUACGACCAAAACGGGAGAAAAGCAACAAAAGGAACAUAUACUUUAGCGAUAGUGUGAUGCUGCUCGAAGCGGCCGCCAGAAACGAUAUAGAUGAAGUGCGCCGUCUACUAGCCCGCGGCGUCACGCCCGACGCCACAAACGAAGAUGGCCUCACGGCAUUGCAUCAAUGCUGUAUAGACAACAACGAGGCUAUGAUGCGACUACUGCUCGACCACGGGGCGAACGUCAACGCGGAAGACAGCGAGAAAUGGACGCCAUUACACGCCGCGGCGACUUGCGGCAACCUCAACUUAGUUCGAAUAUUAAUACAACGAGGUGCAAACUUAUUAGCGGUUAAUGGAGAUGGGAAUAUGCCAUAUGAUAUAUGCGAGGAGGAGCGGACGUUGGACGCGAUCGAAAGUGAAAUGGCGGCUAGGGGUGUCACGCAAAGGUUAAUAGAUGAAACCAGGGCUGCUACCGAGAUGAAGAUGCUUAUGGAUGUGGCGGAUUUAGUCAAGGAGAACAUGGAUUUGGACGAGCCCAGGGACAACCAGGGGGCUACGUUGCUCCAUAUAGCAUCAGCGAAUGGAUACAUAAAAGUGGUGGAGUUUUUAUUGGAACACCGCGCGUCCACCGACGUGGUGGAUCACGACAUGUGGCAACCUGUCCACGCCGCUGCAUGCUGGGGACACUUAGAAGUGCUGGAGUUAUUAGUCCAGUACGGAGCUGAUCUCAACGUGAGGAACAAACACGAUGAAACCCCGGCAGACAUCUGCGAGGAGGGCGAGGUGCGCGGGCGCAUCGCGCGGCUCGCGGCCGAGCAGGAGGAGCUGCGGCGCCGCGCGCUGCACGCGCCCGACCGUCUGCGCGCCGCGCGACGCUCCUCCUCCUCCGCCAGCACCAGCCGCGUGCGGUCGGUGCGGCGCACGUCGCUGCGCGAGAAGCAGCUGACGGCGAAGGCGGACGUGCGCGGCGAGGCGCGCCUGCGCGAGACCUUCGACUCCGCCGCCGACGACGAGCUGCAGGGUCUAGCAAACGGCGUGGAGAACGACCAGAAUACCGCAAACUUACAAACACCGGACCUAACCCACAAAAGGUUAUCGACGAGUUCAACAACAUCCGGCCAGAGUUACGACUCAAACGUCGACUAUGCGGUGCCGAAGCACUCGUACAACCAGCGAGCCACGCACAGGGCGAGCGACGUCAGCGAUACCUCCGAUAACAUACCCUACCAUCAACCAAAGAUAACAAACCCGUUGUUCGGGGUGAACGCGGCCUUACACUACGCGCCCGGAACGGUACCAACCGCACAACAUGAAGCAGUUAACGACACGAAACUAUACGACAGACAAAACCUACCGAACGGUGUCAGGAAAGCGCCCGAGGGACAGGACAAUGACGCGUACAAAACAGAGGACGCGAUAGACGGUAGGAAAGAGUUGGUCGUGAACCCAAACCAGAUCGCGAUCAGUGAGGGCGGCACCGCGACCUACACCACAGACAAUAAUGGUAAAAUCAAUGUUCAUGUCACCGUCAUGAUUAACGCAGGCACCCUAGCCGAUCUCAAAAAGCAGCGUUCGCAAAUACGGACGAACGGCAGCCCUGUGGAGAGCAGCCUGACGUCCACCAACCACAGCCUGAGCUCGCUGCCGGAGCAGAGCAAGGAGGCGCCGGCGCAGCUCAGCGCGACGAGCCUGGCGCCCGCCGCCGCCGCCGCCGUGCCGCGCUUCUCCGGACACACCAGCGACGUCGUCGGCGACACCCGCUCGCACAGGUGCUGUAUCAUCAUGUAGUGUACACGCACCCUUAUGUCUACGACUAAUGUGAUCAUGGAAAGCGUACAAGUCUGAUUAUCAUUCCUUAAAUGGCGCUGGGGCUUUGACUUUUUAAUCUUCACGUGUCGCUUCCAAUUUUUAUAUAUCUAUUGUCUAUGUAUUUAAAUUAACUGGCAACUUGGAAGGUAGCACAGAUUAAAAACGUUGACGUAACGAGGCUCUGUUCGGAGAUCAUUGUGUAAUUGACCAUAUGCCGAAUGCCGAUAGAGUAUUGCCAUUUUUGCUCACCAAGCGAGGGCUUGCCAAUGGCUGGUAAACAGUGUGAUAGUGUUUUAAGAGCUCAAUGGUUAUCAUAUUUUUAGAUUUAAGGAAAAUAUAUGGUUGCUAAUACUUUACUUAGUGUUACAUGUGAAUCCUAUAUUGCAGAGUUAUUGUAUGUAUAAGUAUUAUAUUGUAGUUUAUGCCGUAUUUUUAUUAAUCUACAUUCCAUUAUUUUAAAAACUAUUCUUUACAACAUGAUGUGAUUGUGAUUGUAAAAUGGUACAGUAUUCUCUUCAUUGUCGAUAUAAUUAGGAAUUCAUUUUAUUGUCUGUACAUAGAUUGCAUAAUACAUAAAACACAGUACAUAAAACAUUCCUGAAUUAAACAUGCAAUAAUUAAAAUUCUAGAUGAUUGAAAGUGCCUCGUAUAUUGAUCUGUAGCACUUGACUAUGUGAAACAUAGAGUAAUUAAAUAAUUUUUAUUUAUGAAACAAAUUAUUUAAAAAUAUAUUUAAGUAAAUUCAUCUAUCCUUAUAAAUAUUUACGAAAGAAAUUAGAUUUAUUAUUUAAUGAGAACAAAUGAAUGUACAUAAAUCGGUGAUAUCCGCUACGAUGACUGCCUCGAUUAUUGUUUCCUUUUAGCCACACCCUAACAAUAAUAUCACUAGAUGUAGAUACUUCUGAAAAAUAAUAUCAGAAAUACGCGGUAAUCCCUACUAAUGACAGAAUUAUACGCGACUUCGCUAUACACGGCUUUUUCUUGAUCGCGAUUUCAGUAAUAUAUAAUAAUAACGAUAAACUUAGAUACAUACUCUAAUGAAGAAUUAUUUCGUGACUUCCAAUAAGUUUCAUGUAGUUGUGUUCAGUCCUGCCUAAGUAACUCAGAGCGUAGCUUACCAAAUGCGUAUUAUAACCUAACCCAUCCUAACCUAACUCUGGUCGGGGAGGAGCUAAUUAAUUCUAUACUUAAUAUUAAUGUUUAAAUUGUCCUAUUUUUCUUCUAAUCGAGAAACAAUACUGACUUUAAACAUUACUCGUUACUAAUAUGCAUUCAAUAUAUUUUGCACAAAUAUAUACGACUGUAAAGGAGGCGCGUGUUUUGUAUAAAUGAAAGUGUUCCUUGUAGAGAAGUCUGUAUGUAAGUAUUUAUUCUAUUGAAAUUGUACUUUUUAUUCUUAUUCGAAAUGUAGAAAAUUAUGUACGAAAAUUUAAAAUUUGUCUUUUGAUUUCAACAAUGACUUAAGACUGGAUUUUACUUAGUUGUUAUAAUAAGAAGGGCUGCGUGUGUGGGUAACCAAUAUGAAUAGGGAAAUAGUUCUUUUAUAGUGCUAUUAUUUACAGCUUAUUAAAAUUAGUUUACAAUAAUGUGAUGAAUUUUAUGGAGUGUUCUAUUUUUUGAAAAAGUAAACUUUGCCUUGAACUAUUUGUCUUUGUUAAUCCAUAAACUGUACCUACAUAUAGAACUACUUGUGUUUAUAGCCACACAUUUUAUUAGUUUUUAAUCUUGUCUUAUAAUACAUUGUUGGCAACCCACACGUCGCUAUUGAGAUUUAAAUUUCUAAAUACAGCUGAUUGUUGACAGAGAGAGGGGGCCACGGCAUUCGUGCUGUUAGAUCAUUUUAGUGUCCGUGCAUUCGACUAUAUUUUAUAUACUGAAUUUUUUGCCGACCGUAAGACGUCUGCAGACCUUACUUUAUACAUUUAAUAACUAGUCUUUUACAGUUCAUCUUAUUAAAAUACGACAUUUACUUAUUUUAUGUCACAAAAUGUUGAGUAGUUUUAGUGAUAAAAAUGGAAUUUUCAGUAUUGUAGACAAUGCACGGAUAAUUUAGUCGAGUGCCUUUGUUUUGUUUGUUGUAGCUAAAUACUCAAUUUGUGCCAAUUUUUAAUAUCUUGAAAAGCGAGCACAUUUUAUUUUUGCCACGAGUGGUGUUAUAGCGGUAGUACUCAUAAUUUUUUUACACAAAUUGUGAUUGCUCUUUUAAAAUUAUCUCAUUCAAUACUUUUCAUAUAUUCAAUUGGUAAAAACUACGCGCUAUAACACCGUAAAUGCUGUAUAGAUCCUAAAUUAUUUUUGUAAAGUGGUAACCCCCCUUUAGUGAACGUUUAGUGUACCAAUCGCUGUGUAGUGUUAACAGUUUUUAAAACAUUUGCAUUAUAAAAUUUUUAGAGGUCACUUUUAAUAUAUACUUUGUUUUAGUAGAUGAAUAUUGUGUAGUGUUAAUAUCUGUGGUAUUGUAGAUACGGUGGCAGACAUUCCGUUCGUUAUCACUUUGUUACAUUUUUAUAUUUAUACAUAGUAAUUGUAAGCUUUUGGAUAUAUAUUUAUCAUGUAGACGCCAUUAUGACUAUCCAGUAGCAAUUCAUUCGUCCAUAUCUUAGUCAUUAGAGUAACUACAUUAUAUUAGAUUGAUUUAUUCUUCUGUACUUAAAAAGUACUUAAUCUUCGUACAUUAUUGUAACACGCGGGAACUAAUACAUAUAGAAUACAUAUAUUAAUACAUUUAAAGAAACAUAUAAAGCAAUAUUUGAAUGGCCUUAUAAAGAGUUAAGCACAGCGUAAAGAUAUUGUUUUUUUUUUGGUACAGUAUUAUUUUUUUGAAAAGCAUUUUGAAAGCAUUUUUUGGUACUAUUGUAUCUAUUAUAAAUUACCAGUGCAAAGUAUUUGUGAUUUGUAAAGUAUGUUCAUACAAUCUGUAGGUUCAGCGCAUUUUCAUUGCAAAGAAGAUAUUUAAAUGACGCCUAAGGGCCGGCGUCCACUAGCGGAAUGGUUCAGCAAAGGGAUUUUUAGCUAAUAGGUAACUAAUUGUAAUAUACUCUAAUGUAAUGAAAUUAUAGCUGAAACUUCAGUGAUUCCCUCAAUGUACCUUACAUGUAAGGAUGGUUAUUCGUCGCCGUCCCGUCAGUGAACACCGAGCCUAACUAAUAACCUAAAGUUGUAUAAAAGUACAAAAUGGCAUAUUAAAAAGCGGCGUCAGUUGUCGUUUAUCGUCUGCAUAAUUAUUUUCUUUGCAAUAUGUUUGAUGUGCGCUGAUCCGUUUAAUGUUUUUAUUUUUAUUGUAUAUUAAUGUUGCGGUAAUCAAGUUGAUUUUUAUCAAACGUAUUGCUGUUUGAGCGUUGUUGAAAAGCCAAAUUCAUUUCUUCCAAUUAGUCUCGUCACAACACUAAGGCUUCCUCAAACAAAUAUAAUGAAAGCGAUCGUGACGAAUCCAUACAAGUUAAAAGUAUUCAUUAUCAAAAUGUAAUCUUCAUUUACUUUUGCCCAAGUCCUUAGCAAAUUCGAGUUAGGAAAAAUGUAAAAAUAAUAAAUUUUAAAAUAAAUAAUGAACGAUUGAUUUGGUUAUCGCAACAUUCAAGUGAAACUGUUGAUAUAAUGUACAUCUAUGUAGAUAUUGAAUUGUGCCUAUUGUCAGUCUUGCCUUAGUAAAGAGUGAAUAUCUGUGAACAUUGUUAUAUCUUGGAAGUGGUUAUCUUGUACAUAAUAAAUGUUGGAUUCUAUAUACGUAUUGUUUGAUAUAGUGAAAGGUUAAGGUUGUAUUGUGGCAGCUUAGAUACGAAAGUGAUGUAGGAACUUUUCGACGGGUCCUACGUACACUAGUAUAAGUGCAAAAACACAACUUUACAGGAGAACGAUUUAAACAUUCGAAACUUUAUAAAUUUGUCAUAAUUCAACAGAAAUAUUUGAAAUUUUGAAAUACUGUAACAUUCCAAAAUUUUAAAGAUAUCUGUUUAACUAUGACAAAUUUACAAAGAUUGGAAUGUGUAAACUCUCUCCUGUAAAGUUGUGUGUUUGCAAUUGUACUAGUAUACGUAGUUGUUACGACGACGAUAUUCGAAAUGUUACAGUAUUUCAAAAUUUUUAAGAUUUCUGUUGAACUAUGAUAAAUUUUUAAUUUACAAAGAUUAGAAUGUUUAAAUCGCUCUCCUGUAAAGUUGUGUGUUUGCACUUGUAGUAGUACACGUCGGCCCCGUAGUUUUGUUCGUUAUAAUCUAGAUUUUAUUAUUCCAUCAAUCGACUAAAAUACUAUUUGUUUUAUCUACGUGUUUUUUAAGUCUGGUAUUAUAUCUUUUUUUUAGAUACCAACUGAAGUAUUUUCAACAUUGCCUGUGUAUAAUAGUUUUCAGUCUCAUAUUUUUCAUCGAACUCCGUGGCUAACAUUCGGAGAAUCGGAUUCGCUACAUCACUAAUAUCCGUACGCACGGUUACGUCGAUCGUUACGAUAAAGAAAUAAAAGAGUUACGUCACAAUAAGUAUUUAUUACAUUCAUUGCGUAGAUUCGACGUCACCUUCGCAUGUUUGUAAAUAAUUUACAAAAUAUAUAUGUCGUGCAUAUUGUAAAAUGUUUUGAAGUAGAAUUUAAAUAUUUUUGAAAUUUGUACAACUCUGUAGAAGAGUUAAUUUAAUAAAGAAAUAUAGUGUAUGAGUACUUGCCAUUUUUCGUCUUGCCCUAUAAUGGCGAAUGUCACGCCGCGGUAUUUUGGGUCAACCUUUUUUUCGCUAGAAGAUCCGUCUUACCGGAGUAACUAGAGGCUGAGCCAUAAUGUGGUAAGCCAGUUCAAGUCGGAAUUUCUAACCGGUAACGAUUUUGAAUUUGAUUAAAGAUAAACUUAAUGCAAUACAAAGUUUGGAAGGACGUUGAACUAAUAAGAAUCUGUCAGUUAUGCAAUAUUUUGAAUUACUUUCUUUGAUGUUCAUUGUCGCAUAACAUGGUAAGGGUAUAACUUUAAGACGCGAUUUGUAAGAGCCUGUAUAACUUAUAGACACGAUUUAUAUGAGGACCAGCUUGGUUGGCCCGCCAAAAUAGAAUGUGCCUAAGUGAACUAAAUAAGGUCCCCUCAAUACGUAACAGAGUCGUUUAAUGUUUCCAUUUAUUGCCUUAAUCGCAUGAGACUUAGUAAAACAUAUACCUAAUAAUAUAUAUUGUAUCUUGAUGUUUUGUUGUUCUUAAGGUUAACAUUACUGUGUUAAUUAGCGAAUGUCUAUUAUUAAUGCAGCUAUAUUAAUACCAUUGCAGCAGAUUAAAUGAUAAUUUAAAACAAAUACGCUGUUAUAAAUAGUGUAUAAACCGUUGAUUUUAUAAAUAAUGGUUUCUCGAUACAGCAGUACAUUGUAGCGUAAA